ACCAUAAAUAUAAAAACUUAUUAAAAACAUGAAUUUGGUUUAGGGUUUCAUCUGAUUUCCUUCUUUCUUUAUUCCGUUUUGCUGCCGAAUCCUUGCCAGAUCAAUAGGUAAAAAAAAGGCAUAACUUCCUUCUGCAAAAUUUCUCCGAUUUCUUUCUUCAGAAUCAGGUUUUGAGCUAUGGGAAAGAGGAAAGCGAAAACCAAGCCUCCUCCAAGGAAACGAAUGGAUAAACUUGACACUUCCUUCAGUUGCCCUUUCUGUAAUCAUGGCAGCAGUGUUGAAUGCCGCAUUGACAUGAAGAAUUUGAUAGGAGAAGCUUCUUGCAGUAUCUGCCAAGAGAACUUUAGCACUACUAUCACAGCUUUAUCUGAGCCAAUAGAUGUAUACAGCGAGUGGAUUGAUGAAUGCGAACUGGUGAACAACCAGGAAGAUGAUGGUGCUGAGCAGUGACAAUUAGAAUCCUUGUUCUAUUAGUUGUGAAUACGAUGAGUGACUAUCACAAUAUCUUCUUUAACGUUUAAUUUUGUUCAAUUCCUGUCUGAAACUCGAGCGUGCGUCUAAUGAUUAGUUUAUAGCAUGUAAAAAGGAACUUGGAGAUAACUGUCCUAUGUAGAUGAAUCUAUUUUGAUGGGUGGCUAGUAUGCAAUAUCCAAGUCUGUAUUGCAGAUUGUGUGUUUGUUACAUUAGCAAAGCUUUUAUUUUGUUCUUUGUC